UGCUUGCAGCUUUCGGUGUGAAAUCUUGUUACAGUCUGACUACUUAAUCAUGGCCGGUACUGCAGUCAAACGAAAGCAGAAUUCUCAAGUGAACAACUUGAAAGGCAAGAAACAGCAACUUUCCUCAGCCAAGGCUCACAAAGUUGAAGAGGAAGCUGUAGAGAUCGCAAACGAAGUAAGCGACGACGAUUCCGAAUCUGAAGAGGAGGAAGUUGAAGAGACCAACGAAGCUGAAGUUGACGGAUCUGAAGAAGAAUCAGAGGAAAGCGAAGAGAAAGCUGAUGCUGGUGAUAUCGCAGACGAAGCACCUGUUGUAGAUGAUUCAACUUCCAAUGCUGUGGUUGAUGAAAAGGGUAACCCCGUCAACAUGGAAUUUGAAAAGCUUGAUUGUUCAGACGCUACAAAGAAUGCAGUGAAGGAUAUGGGCUUCACCAGUAUGACCGAGGUUCAAGCUCGUACUAUUCCACCUUUGAUGGCAGGUCGUGAUGUCCUGGGUGCUGCCAAGACUGGAUCUGGAAAGACAGUUGCUUUCCUUAUUCCAGCUAUUGAAAUGCUUUCCAAAUUGAAGUUCAAGCCUCGCAAUGGAACUGGUGUUAUUAUCGUCUCUCCUACUCGUGAGCUGGCUCUUCAAAUCUUUGGUGUUGCCAAGGAUCUUCUCAAGUAUCAUCAACAAACCUUCGGUAUUGUGAUUGGAGGAGCCAACAGAAAGGCUGAAGCUGACAAGCUGAUCAAAGGUGUCAAUCUACUGGUUGCAACACCAGGUCGUCUUUUGGAUCAUUUGCAGAACACAAAAGGCUUUGUUUUCAAGAAUUUGAAAGCUCUUGUCAUUGAUGAAGCUGAUCGAAUUCUCGAGAUCGGUUUCGAAGAUGAAAUGAAGCAAAUCAUCAAGAUCCUUCCCAACGAGCGACAAACCAUGUUGUUCUCAGCCACACAAACUACCAAGGUCGAAGAUCUUGCUCGUAUAUCACUCAAGAAAGGACCUUUGUAUAUCAAUGUUGACGAACGCAAAGAUACAUCUACAGCUGAAGGCUUAGAACAAGGCUAUGUCGUUUGCAACUCAGACGCUAGAUUCCUUCUUCUGUUCACCUUUUUGCGCAAAAACUUGAAGAAGAAGGUCAUUGUGUUCUUCUCCAGCUGUAACUCUGUCAAGUACCAUGCUGAAUUGAUGAACUAUAUUGAUGUCCCUGUACUGGAUUUGCACGGACGACAAAAGCAGCAAAAGCGAACAAAUACUUUCUUUGAGUUCUGUAAUGCGGAGAAGGGCAUUUUGCUUUGUACAGAUGUUGCUGCCCGUGGUUUAGAUAUUCCUGCUGUCGAUUGGAUUAUUCAGUUCGAUCCUCCGGAUGAUCCACGUGACUAUAUUCAUCGUGUCGGUCGUACGGCGCGAGCUGGUGGUCGCGGAAAGAGUCUGCUUUUCCUUCUACCCAGCGAACUCGGCUUCUUGAGAUACUUGAAGCACGCCAAGGUUCCUCUCAACGAAUACCAAUUCCCCACUAGCAAGAUCGCCAAUGUCCAAAGCCAGUUGGAGAAGUUGAUUGAGAAGAACUACUACUUGAACAAGUCUGCACGAGAUGGCUAUCGAUCAUACCUUUCUGCAUAUGCCUCAUACAGUUUGAAGAAGAUUUUCAAUGUUAAUGACCUCGACUUGGUCAAGGUUGCCAAAGCAUUUGGAUUUUCCGUUCCACCCAAGGUGAAUAUAGCCAUCGGCAGCGCUACUGACAAGAGUGAUAAAAUCGAACGACGUGGUGGCGGCGGUGGAUUUGGAGCUGGAUAUCAAAAGAAGCAUGACGGCAAAGAACACUUUGUCAAGCAAAGAAACAGCGCCAUAGCAAGAGAAAAGGCAUCCGGCAACGGAAGACAGUUUUCUCGAUAAUGUACCCAAGCCCAGAAAACAUAUUCAUUCAUAUUAGACAACCAACAACUUCGUUUUUUUUUUAAAAAGAAUAAAACAUUUCA